AAGGCUUAAUCGUCGAUCACAAGCCCUCUUUUCCUGACCGUUACUCCUGAGAAGUGGUCUACACCGACCACUCUUUGUUCGGAGGCCACGCACAUACCACAAAAUCAUGAGAGGCCUCUUUAUCCUCACGACACUGGCACUCCUUGCCUCCGGUCAGUCCUUAAGUCUCGGAAGUCGACACGCCAGAGAAGCCAAUUUCACUAUUUGUCCCUAUGUGGCCGAUCUGGUCCUACUGAUGGAUGCUUCCAGCAGCAUUGGUCCUGUGAAUUACGAAAAGAUGAAAAAUUUCCUGAAAGGCGUUGUGUCCCAUUUCGACAUCGGCGAAGACAGGGUGAGGGUUGGUCUGAUUACCUAUAAUCACGGCGCCAUCACGGAGUUCAAACUGAAUGAGUUUUACUCCACGGCUGAGGUUCUGAACGCCUUUGCAACCAUCCAAGGUACCGGAACCGGCACUACCACGCAUGCGGCCUUGAACAGGGCACGUUUGGAACUGUUCACUCCAGAACAAGGUGACCGUCCCGGCGUCCCAAAUCUGGCCUUGCUUCUGACAGAUGGAAAAUCCACAAAUCCCGAAAAAACGGCGAUACAACAGCAACUUCUUAAAGACACAGGUGCGAGAAUUUUUGUCGUGGGAAUAGGAAAUAUCGACCCAGAAGAAUUGCUUCUGAUCGCCAGUGAACCUGACGAUAAAUAUUACGCCUAUGUGGACACUUUCGACAAGCUGGCCGUUAUCCUUGACCACUUCGCUGAAACAGCCUGUGACGAGGUCACCCGAGUACCAUUUGUACCCACCACUACUGAGGCUUUAACAACAACUACGGAGGCACCCACAACUACAACUACAGAAGCUCCGACGACACCUGAGGCGCCUACAACAACUACGACUACUGAAACGCCAACAACAACUACGACUACUGAAGCGCCAACAACAACUACGACUACUGAAGCGCCAACAACAACUACGACUACUGAAGCGCCAACAACAACUACGACUACUGACGCGCCAACAACAACUACGACUUCUGAAGCGCCAACAACAACUACGACUACUGAAGCGUCAACAACAACUACAACUACUCAGGCGCCAACAACAACAACGACCACAUUAGCGCCGACAACAGCUGCUACAUCAACUACACAAGAGGUCUGUCCCUAUGGUGCUGAUAUUAUACUGCUAAUGGAUGCUUCCAGUAGUAUCGGGCCAGAAAAUUAUCAGCAAAUGAAAGAUUUCCUCAUGGGCGUGAUCCAGCAUUUCGACAUUGCCCAAGACAAAGUCCGCAUCGGCCUGAUCACUUUCAACUUCGGGGCUCGCUUUGAGUUCUAUUUAAAUACAUAUACCACCAAGGAGGAAAUCCUCAAGUCGUUUGACACUAUCCAGGACACAAAGACGGGCACUGCCACGAACAGAGCUCUCAAAUACGCCAGAGAACAAGGUUUCACUCCAGAACAUGGGGAUCGUCCAGACAUCCCGAACAUCGCUAUCUUACUGACCGAUGGAAGAUCUACGCACCCGAACAAGACAGCUACAGAACAGGCUCUUCUCAAAGCCACUGGUGUCCACAUUUUCUCAAUUGGUAUCGGAUGGACGGACGAAAACGAACUGCGUUUAAUUGCCAGCGAACCUAAAGACGUUUAUUUUCACUACGUAGAGCAUUUUGAUGGAUUGGAAGAGAUUUUGGCGGAGUUUCGAGACACGGCUUGCAAUGAAAUUACACGACCGAGUAUUUCCACGACUGCGUCUCCCGCUCCGCCUGUGCCAACCGUCAAUGCUGUCCAGCGUUACAAUGUGAAAAGAGAAGCUGCUGACUUAUGUCCGUACAAGGCUGACAUCAUGUUGUUGAUGGAUGCAUCAAGCAGCAUUGGACCAGAAAACUACCAGAAGAUGAAGGAGUUCCUCCAAGGUAUCGUCCAGUAUUUUGACAUUGGCGGAGACAAGGUCCGUGUUGGGCUAGUUACUUUCAACUUCGGGGCUAAGUUCGAGUUUUACCUAGACACGUACCACACCAAAGCCGAAAUACUCUCCGCUUUCGCAACCAUCCAGGGGACGAAACAAGGGACGGCGACUCAUAGAGCUCUACAGUACGCCAGAACCAUGGGGUUCACCGCAGAACAUGGGGGCCGGCCUGACGUUCCAGACAUCGCCAUCCUCCUGACCGACGGUAGAUCAACUCAUCCAGACAAGACGGCUGUGGAGCAAGCUCUUCUUAAAUCAACCGGCGCACGUAUAUUUUCCAUCGGCAUUGGCUGGACGGAUGAGAUAGAAUUAAGACUAGUGGCUAGUGAUCCUCAAACCAAGUACUUCCACUACGUCAAAAACUUCGACGGAUUGUCUGACAUCUUGGGGGAAUUUCGCCAGACUGCUUGUAACGAGAUCACGCGCCCGCCCCCCGGAGUUACGUCGCCCAAACCUGCCACAACACUUGCACCAACACCUCCACCAUCUCAAGCAUUCCAGGUAUGUCCACAUGAAGCCGAUGUCUUGAUUCUAAUGGACGCUUCCAGCAGCAUUGGCCCCGAGAACUUCGCCCUGAUGACAGACUUCUUGAAAGGGGUCAUCCAACAUUUUGACAUAGGCCACGACCUUGUCAGAGUCGGUCUCAUCACCUUCAACUUCGGAGCUCGCUUCGAAUUUUUCCUCAACUCCUAUUCAACAAAGAGUGAGAUUUUGGAAGCUUUCGAUCGUCUUGGAGGCACUCAGGUUGGAACGGCUACCCACAGAGCCCUUAAAAUAGCCAGGGAACAAGGCUUCACAGCAGAACAUGGAGACCGAGAAGGAGUGCCCAACAUCGCUAUACUUGUGACUGAUGGCAGAUCCACUAAACCCGAGGAGACAGCGAUACAACAAGGCUUAUUGAAAGACACAGGAGUCAGGAUCUUCUCAAUCGGUAUAGGUUGGACAGAUGAGGAAGAACUGCGCCUAAUCGCCAGUGAACCUAAAGAACGCUACUUCCACUACGUUAAGGACUUCAGCGGAUUAGAUGACAUCUUGAAUGACUUCCAAGAGACUGCUUGUAAUGAGAUGACCCGGCCACCACCUACACCACCUUCACCUGAAGUGUGUCUAACGAAAGGGGAUGUAGUUUUCGUUCUGGACACGUCCACAAGUGUUGGUUCUGCUGGACUGUUGAAAGAAAAAGAAUUCGUCAUUAAGAUGCUUUACGAGUUUGAUAUUGGUCCAGACAACGUGCGAGUAGCUCUGAUCACUUAUAACCAAUUCUCGAGAGUAGAGUUCAACCUGGACACACAUUCCACUCGUGCGGACGUCGUUGCAGCUGUUAAUGCCCUUCAGGAUAUCGCUGUCGGUACGAAUACCCACAGAGGCCUGGCUGCCGCCCGGACUGAAGUCUUCGGGACAUCUUCUGAUCGGCCGAACGUGCAGAACAUCGCAGUGGUGAUUACCGACGGAAGAUCGCGACUACCAGAUCAAACUGCACAAGAAGCAUUGGCUUUGAGAGCAACUGGGGCUAAGGUGUUCGGCAUUGGUGUUGGUAACGUCGAUCCCAGUGAGAUAAGCAUCAUUGCUUCAGAACCAGACGAGGAGUACGCCUUUCAAGUGGACGACUUUGACGCUCUUGCAGCCAUCAAGGAUGCUGUAAUGGACGCAGCUUGCAACCAGUGCCAUAGUGGCGAUAUGAUAAUCAUCAUGGACGCGUCCAGCAGCAUCGGCGAGACAGAUUACGAGACGAUGAAGACCUUCGUCAAAGGUUUCCUCAAUUACUUUGUCAUUGGUGAGGAGCGACUUCGAGUGGGGUUGGUGUCCUAUAGCAACUUUCCAAACAUCGAGUUCUACCUCAACUCUCACUACAGUCACCAGGAGCUCUUCGCUGCAGUUGACAGUGCCAAGGAUGUCGAAGUCGGGACGAGGACUGACCGCGCACUGGCCGUCGCACGAGACACUAUGCUGACAGCGAUCAAUGGGAACCGACCAGGGACGCCCGACAUGAUAAUCACUCUCACGGACGGACAGUCACGCCAGCCCGACCUCACCGUCCAGGAGGCCGACCUAAUCAAAGCGAAAGGCAUCGCCAUGUUCUCUAUAGGCAUUGGCAAAUGGAUCAACGACGUAGAGCUGAGGGCUCUGGCGAGUGCCGAUGACCACGUCUUCAAGGUGGAUGAUUUCGACGGAUUGGCAACAAUCGAGGAGCACCUCCAGAAAAAGAUGUGCACCGGCGCUCUAUCCUUGCCCGUGGGGUGUAACCUAGAAGGAGACAUAUUCUUCAUAUUUGACUCAUCCAGCGACAUUGACACCCAUACCUUCGAGGAAGCUAAACAUUUUGCUGCCUCUAUCGUCAACGAUAUACGCAUAGGAGAUGAUAAAGCUAGAAUUGGAGCAAUCAAGUUUAGUGACGAUGCCUCAGUGGAGUUUCCGCUGAACUUCUCCAAGGAAAAGAAACAGGUUAGAGACGCCAUCUUGGGUAUUCAAAAAACCGGAUCGAAAUCCCAUGUCGAAAAGGCCUUAAAACAACUGAGGGAAGGCACGUUUAAGGAAUGCGUAGGAGCACGUGGUUCUGCCCCGGAUGUUGCCAUUAUCUUUACUGACGGAAAGUUCACGAAUGAGACGGCUGCUAGAUACGAAGCCGACAUGGCCGCUAAUACUGGAAUCCGUGUGUACAGCGUGGGUAUUGGGAGCUCUGUGAAAACUUCCGGUCUCUCCGUGCUGUCGUCUCCUCACACUGGCGCAUUCACAUACUCUGCUCCCAAGGUAACAGACCUUGGUCGGAUUCGAAGUCGGCUUGUCACCAGAAUUUGCAGAGACCUCAGCCCAUGUAGAUAAAGUUCAACGACUGUCCAAUGAAACCGGUGAAUAAGUUAAUCAACUGACAAUUUAUUUUCAAUGAAAAAGACAGCGUUCCUUCACCAAUGAGACGAAUGGCUGACAGAGUUGUAACCUUUACAGUCGUUACCCUGCAACUAUGUAAAUUUCAAGAAAUAAAUCAUAGAAUGAUGUCUGGCUUA